UUACUUCUCUAGUUCUCUACUGAAUUUGUUAGGGUUGCAGUUGUGUAUGUCGUGUUCUUUAUAGGUUUGAUGAUUAAUUCGUUAAAUAAGUUUUGUAAUUGUGUGUGAGUGUAGUUUUACUAGACAUUUAAUUAGUUUAAAUAUUAGUAUUUGAACAAUUUAACCAAGUGUUAGCGAUGAGUGAAGAAAGCCAUCCCAGAACAUUGUAUGUCGGAAAUUUGGAUGCCACAGUGUCGGAAGAUCUUUUAUGUGCGUUAUUUUCACAAAUUGGUCAAGUAAAAGGAUGUAAGGUAAUUAGAGAGCCGGGAAAUGAUCCUUAUGCGUUUCUUGAGUUUACAAACCAUCAAGGGGCAGCUACAGCUCUUGCAGCUAUGAAUAAACGCGUAUUUCUUGACAAAGAGAUGAAGGUUAACUGGGCAACAUCACCUGGGAAUCAUCCUAAACAAGAUACUAGUAAUCAUUACCAUAUAUUUGUUGGUGAUCUCAGUCCUGAGAUUGAAACACAAACCCUAAAAGAUGCUUUUGCUCCCUUUGGUGAAAUUUCUAAUUGUAGGAUUGUUCGUGACCCCCAAACAUUAAAAUCAAAGGGUUAUGCUUUUGUAUCAUUUGUCAAAAAAGCUGAGGCUGAAAAUGCUAUUACAGCAAUGAAUGGUCAAUGGCUUGGUAGCCGUAGUAUCAGAACUAAUUGGUCAACCAGAAAACCACCACCACCAAGAAACGACAGAGUAAGACAAAACAGUAAUAAUAAGCAGCCAACAUUUGAUGAAGUUUAUAAUCAGUCCAGUCCUACAAACUGCACAGUUUACUGUGGAGGUUUCACAAAUGGUAUCACGGAUGAAUUGAUACAAAAGAUCUUUUCCCCUUUUGGAACAAUACAAGAUAUACGAGCCUUCAAAGAUAAAGGAUAUGCAUUUAUUAAAUUUUCAACAAAAGAAGCUGCAACACAUGCAAUUGAAGGAAUUCAUAACAAGGAAAUCAAUGGGCAAAUAGUAAAAUGUUUUUGGGGUAAAGAAUCUGGUGACCCAAAUGCUGUUAAUUCUGGUAACAUGAAUUCAAACAAUACUAAUCAGUCAGCGGCUGCUGCACAAUAUCCAUACGUAUAUGGUCAACAGAUGAGUUACUGGUAUCCACAGGCGUAUGCCGCCUCUGCUCAGAUGCAGGGUCAAUACUUACAAGGCAUGCAGCCGAACUACUAUGGUCAGUUUGGUUACCAACAAGGCUAUGUUGGAAGGAUGGGGAUGCAAGUACCAACCGCAGCUUGGCAAGGAGUUCCAGCUCCAGUACCUGCACAACAAAUGGCAGUUGCUGCCCAAGGAGCUGCUAUGCAACAGCCAGGAACCAUGAUGGCCUAUACAAUGCCACAGUUUCAAACACAGUGACGUGUUUUAAUUUAUUGUAAAUAUGAACAGACUAUCUCGAUUCACAUAUACCUUAGUACCAGAGUGUUGUUGUGUUUUUUAUGUGACUGACUGGAAACCAAAAUUAUUUACUAAUCAGAAUAGCCUAUUUAGAUUAGGCAGUUUAAUAGAGAUCGUGAUUACUUGGAAAAACAUAAUGUUUCAGUAUACUGUGACUGCAGUAUUUCAAGAUUACCACCGAACCACACAGAGUAACCUGUACAGAACCGAAGGAAGCAGUACCGCACUUCUGAAACUAUGUUCAAGUCUCCAAUUGAGUCACAUUACUUUUGUACAAAUGAUUAUGAAUUAAUUUGAAUCCAACAUACCAUUUCAUACUAUUGUCUUUUACAAACCCAUAUUGACUCAAACCGAAAAUGAAAAUUCACCUGUAUAAGUGUAUGACAUUCAUUCCUCAUGUAAAUAUAUGUAUUGUGAAAUUAAAUUGGAACAAAUAUUUCAAUAAGCAAGAAUAUUUAAUUGCAUUGUGUAUAUAUAUAAUUCUUAAAAUUAUUUUCAGUGAAGUCACUAAAACCUUUUUUUCCUAUUAUUAUCAUGUUGGUAUUUUAUGUCAAUCGAAUAAAAAAAUGUGAAUAUCAAUUAUUAUUAAUUAGCAUUCCAAAGUUGUAACAAAAAUUGAUCUUCAGUUUUUUCUGGUAUGUAGUGUGUAUUAUAUAUAAAUUUAUUGUAUAGUUAAAAGAUUAAAAGUACCAUUAAUUUUUUCUGUUUUAGCCUCUCUGAUAAUAUUUAUAUUUUUUACAAAUGAACUAUUUAUUGUGUUGUAAAUACUCGUAUUUAAAUUUUGCUGUGUAGAAGUACUCCCUGAAGCCAUUAAAACUAAAUCCAAAAUCAAGCAAUAUAACAAAUAUUCUAAUGAAUUGUCAACAAUUCACUGUUGAACUUGGUAUUAUCUAAGUUAAAACAAGACUUAAUUACAGUUUUACUUUAUCACAGAGUUACAAUAGUAGUUGAUUAUUGUUUACUAAAUCAACCAAUCAACAUUGUACUAUAUAUUUUUGUUAUCUAGGUAGGUAGAAUAAAUUUUAUAUUGUAGUGAUAAAAUGGAAAACUUAGCUGAUACAUAAUUUAAUACACUCUGGUACCACGACUCGUGGAAUAUGGUGAUAUCGUGUUAAUUAUUAAGUAAUAUAUAACAAGACAUAUGGUAAUACAGAAACACUGUGAUUGGGUUGAACAUUAAAAUAGGAUACUUAGAUCUAUAGGGAUACAAUUGAGGGAUAAAGUUUCAAACAAUAAGCUGUGUUAAUGUUCUGUUUGGAUGGAUUUGGAUGUUACGAUGUAACAUAAUAGUAGAGUAGUCUUCAUUGAGUAGUAUACUAGAAGGUUUUGUUACUAUUUAUAGCGUUUUUGUGCAAUAACCAGUCGUAUAUCGUAAUAUCUCCUCGUACAAUUCAAGUCUUUAAAAACACAAGAUUUAUAUAAUAUUAUUUACUUAUGUAAUAAACUUUAAAAUUCACAUAAAAUAAAUAAAAUUAAAACUUAAUAUUUAUUAAUUUGUGUAAAUUCUAAAUCUAGUUUCUUGAAAACAUGGAAGAUGUUAAAUGAUAAUUUUUUCCAUUAAUGAUUAAUAUAAAGCCUUGCUCAACAAAUAUACAUAUAAAAGGCAUGUUGAAAUAAAAAUUUUAUCUACUUUAUAGUUUAAAUUGUAAUUAAUUAUUAAUUUUAUGAAACCUUGCUCAGCAAUUACAUAUAUUGAUGUGGAAUAUAAUUUGUAUCAUAACAAUUUACAGGAAAAAAAAUUGACAUCAAUUGUUUACCUGCUUGAAAUUUGUUUAAAUAUUUUAAAAGUGAACAAUAAUUUUUAGAAAGUUGCACAUAUUUAACAGUUUUAACUAUGUUUUAUAAUUUUCCACGUUAAAUUAUUAUGAUUUCAUUGUUUUGUAUAACACUAUUGACUUAAAAUUAUCUGCAAGUUAGAAUUUUAUUUAUUUUUAUUUUUUUGCUAGAAAUAUGGCAAUGAAAACAUUAUCUAAUUUGAAAUAAUAGGGCAGAAUAACAUAGUUUUUAUAAAUAUUAAGAGUUUAUACUUACAAUAAUAAAAUAUCUAAAAAAAUAAGCAUUUAUAUAGUAUAACUUUACUUAUAAACUAUAUGCAUCCUGAAAAUGUAUGUUCUUUUAUUAUGUAAAUCAUAAUUUAAAGACUUGGAAAGAGAUUCAUUUGAUCAGAACAUUUACUGAUGCUACAACCCAUUGCUGAGUGAUAGCGCCCUCUCCCAAACACCUCAGGUUAAGUUUGUGAUAAAGGGGUAACAUAUGGGCUGUCUUAACAUGUUUAUUUAUUAUCUUUAAUUGGUUUAUUGAAAUCAAAACUAAGAUUUAAUCUCUCUUAGACUAAAUCUCUCUCUCUCUUGAGAUUAAUUACAGAAAUAUACAUGAAAUAAAUAGACUAGGUUGUCUCUAAAUUCUCCUUUUUACACAUUGUGUACUUAAUUUUCAGGAUAAAUUUUAUUUGUAAAAAUAUUGAAUCUGUAAGUGAGUUUUAUUUUCUGUAUAUUUUGUUCUGUUAAUAUUAAAUGGCUGGACAAUCAGUCAGUCAAUGACAGCCAGAUGAAAGCCCAUUGGAAAAGUCUGAUAAGUGUGUCAACAUUAUUGUUGUCUACAGUCACUUUAGAAAUGGAAGUAUGUAACAAAAUUGUACUGUUCAGAUUUUAUAUAAAAAUAAAAUGGCAAAGAAAGUAAA